AUGCUAGAUAACCGUGAAGACAUGAUCGAUUACAUACCAGGAGUUAAGGCAAUAGACCCAAAGGACUUGAUGUCAUAUCUUCAAGUAAGCGACAAAGACGUAGACACGAACACAGUGGUCUAUAGAAUAAUAUUCAAGGCCUUCACUGACGUCAAGAAAGCCGACUUCGUUUUAUGCAACACCGUUCAAGAGCUAGAACCAGGCUCACUCUCUGCUCUACAAGCCAAACAACCGGUUUACGCCAUCGGUCCGGUUCUCUCAACCGAAUCAGUUGUCCCCACAAGCCUAUGGGCCGAGUCAGAUUGUACAGCAUGGCUCAAAGGCCGCCCCACCGGAUCAGUCCUCUACGUCUCGUUUGGUAGCUAUGCACAUGUUGGUAAGAAGGAGAUAGUGGAGAUAGCCCAUGGGCUUUUACUAAGUGGGCUUAGUUUCAUUUGGGUUUUACGUCCCGAUAUAGUCGGCUCUGACGUGCCGGAUUUUCUUCCAACCGGGUUUAUGGAUGAAGCCCAAGGUCGAGGGCUUGUGGUCCAGUGGUGCUGUCAGAUGGCAGUAAUCUCAAACCCGGCCAUUGGAGGGUUUUUGACACAUUGUGGAUGGAAUUCCAUUCUAGAAAGCGUUUGGUGCGGUUUACCAUUGUUGUGUUAUCCGCUUUUAACCGAUCAGUUCACGAACCGGAAACUUGUGGUUGAUGAUUGGCGCAUUGGAAUUAACCUUUGUGAGAAGAAGAUUGUCACAAGGGAUGAAGUCUCGGUGAAUGUAAAACGGUUGAUGAAUAAUGAGACUUCAAGUGAGCUGAGAAACAACGUUGAGAAGGUUAAACGUCAUAUCAAAGAUGCGGUUACAAGCGUUGGAUCUUCGGAGACGAAUUUUAACUCAUUUGUUGGUGAGGUCCGAGAUAGUAUAGAGACUAAACUGUGUCAAAUAAAUGGGUUAGAAUAAGUCAUUAAGUCGAUCAGAGUAAGCUAUGUAAUGGUGUAGUCAUUUAUGUAUUUUGCAUUCAAA